AUGAGAACCCAUACAGGAGAAAAACCCUACAAGUGUGACCAGUGCGACUAUUCUGCAGCACAGAAAUCUGACUUGAACAUCCAUGUAGCAAAACACACCGGUGAGAAACCCUACAUGUGUGGGGAGUGUGGGUACAGGACAGCUCAAAAGUCUGACUUAUCUAAACAUAUGAGAACCCAUACAGGAGAAAGACCCUACAAGUGUGACCAGUGUGACUAUUCUGCAGCACUGAAACACAAUUUAGACCAACAUCUAGUCAAAUAUACUGGUAGGAAACCCUACAUGUGUGGGGAGUGUGGGUACAGGACAACUCGCAAGUCUCACUUAUCUGUACACAUGAGAACUCACACAGGAGAAAAACCCUACAAGUGUGACCAGUGUGUCUAUUCUACAACAUGGAAAUCUGCUUUGGAACAACAUCUAGCAAGACACUCUGGUGAGAAACCCUACAUGUGUGGGGAGUGUGGGUACAGGACAGCUAGAAAGUCUCACUUAUCCCGACAUAUGAGAACCCAUACAGGAGAAAAACCCUACAAGUGUGACCAUUGUGACUAUUCUGCAGCAUGGAAAUCUGCUUUGGAACAACAUCUAGCAAAACACACCGGUGAGAAACCCUACAUGUGUGGGGGGUGUGGGUACAGGACAGCUAGAAAGUUUGACUUAUCCAAACAUAUGAGAACCCAUACAGGAGAAAAACCUUACAGGUGUGACCAGUGUGACUAUUCUGCAGCAUGGAAAUAUGCUUUGGACAAACAUCUUGCAAAACACACCGGUGAGAAACCCUACAUGUGUGAGGAGUCACAGAAAUCUACUUUGGCCCUACAUCUAAUGUCACACACCGGUGAGAAACCCUACAUGUGUGGGGAGUGUGGAUACAGUACAGCUAAACAGUCUGACUUAUCCCGACAUAUGAGAACCCAUACGGGAGAAAAGCCCUACCAGUGUAGCUAUUCUGCAGCACGGAAAUCCACCUUAGAUGAUCAUAAAGCAAGACAUACCGGUGAGAAACCCUACAUGUGUGGGGAGUGUGGGUACAGAACAGCUUACAGGUCAGACAUAUCCAAGCAUAUGAAAGGUCAUACAUCAGAAAAGCCCUACAAGUGUGACCAGUGUAGCUAUUCUUCAGCCUCUAAGGCUGCCCUAACUCAACAUAUGAAAAUUCACACGAAGGCACCAACUCCGCAACUGUGACCAUCUCGUAGUGGCAUCAGUAUUGAUAUCAAUAGAGACAAACUAUACUGAUGAGAAGAUUUUGCGUACACAAUUAUUAUAAGUUAAACUUUUGUCUAAUAUUCAGCUCUUUAAACUUGGAUUGUAGUGAUUAGCAGAAGUGUAAAAUGA